AUGUAUGUAGAUUAUCACUCCGGUGGCAUUACUGUACGUCCUUCAAAGUACACGUUCCUGCUGCUGCUCAUCUUCCUGCUGGAGGCGCUGGUGGGCGUGCUGGCGUACGUGUACCAGGGCCACGUGGAGGGGGAGCUCAACCAGAACCUCAACCGGACCUUCGUGGAGAGCUACUCGGUGGACGAGGCGCGCACCGCCGCCAUCGACAGCGUGCAGCAUGACUUCAAAUGCUGCGGUGCCAUCCGCUUCGAGGACUGGGAGGGGAGCCGCUGGCACAAGGGCCCGCCGGCGCUGCAGCCCCACCGAGUGCCUGACUCGUGCUGCCGCUCCAUGAGCCCCGACUGCGGCCUCAGCCACCACCCCAGCAACAUCUUCUACACCUUAUUCUGA